AAAGUCAUCUACGAGGACCUUCUUCCCCCAACGGAACAGGUCUGCUCAAACCUUCCCAAAAAUUUCGAAUUCCUAUUAACGGUCGGCGGUCGGCGCGGGGCGGGGCGGGGCGGCGAGAUCACGACGAGAUGGAGACCGACACCUCCUCCUCCUGCGGCGGCAGCGCCGGCGCCGAGCAGCGGGGUAUAGGACUUGUGGAGGUGCAAGCGGCGGCGGCAGCGCUGCGGCGGUCAGAGGUGUUCCACGUCGUGAAGGAGCUCGUUGGCUUCGUCCUCUACAUGCACCACCAGAUCCCCUCGGUUUUGUCGAGUCUUGAAAAUGAAUUUGCAAGUUUAAAGGAGGAAAUGACAGAAAUGACAUUACGACCGGCUGAACUCAAACCAUCUGAUCAGAGAAGGUACAACACGCGAAAAAGGGAGGUUAGACGUAGAAUAAAGAAGCACGAGAAGUUGAUGAAUGGCAUCUCUACUUUACUCUGUUCUCUUCAGCAAGCACUUGAUGAAGUUUCAAGCAUUGAAGGAGUCGUCCUGAUUCUUGGAGGAAGCCUUGUACGGCCCCUAUUUGUUUAUGACAUUACAAUUUCUCAUGGUAUCUUUGAUCCAGGAAGUGCCAAAGAGCAUGCUCUAACAAAGUUAGCUCAAUCUGUUUCUCGGAAGGCUAUCCGUGCUCUUGUAUCAUGUGGAGCAGGGAGUUUGUCCUACACAGGACCGAGCAAGUUGUUUUUGUUGGUAAGAUGUCCCAGUACAUUGAACCUACCGCAGGAUUUCCUGCCAAGACGUGAUUUUCGUUAUAGCAAAAAGGUUGUACCUCUUCAAAUGCAUAUAAAGUGCAGCAAAUCGGUGUGUUCAGGGAAUAACCAGCACCAUAUGCCAGUUGUUGAUGCCCCAUGUUCCGCUUCAGAAUCUUCUCUUUCAGAUGUUAUUUGGUUCCAGUGCAAGCAUACAAUAAGAGGUUUGCCAGGCAAGGCGUCACUGGAAGGGUGAUCUGAGUUCAUGAUAUCAAUGUUAACCCGACUUGCCUUUGUUGUUGUAGCGAAUGAUAUAACAAUAUGCGUACAGUAGAGGAUGCUUAUCACUUUGAUGACUUGAAGCAGGAAACCCAUCAAGUAGUGGGGUGGACUCCUUGUGUAAGGCAACUUUGCACGUUUUCAAACAAAAUAGUCGGAUGUUCUGUUGAAGCCAUGGACAUGCAAACAAAAUGGGAUUGGCUAAUAACAAAAUAUUCUCGAUGUUUUUUUUAAUCUUGUGGUCCGGUGAUGUUUUGCAAAUUGAUGACCUUUCAGAUA